AUGGAGACGGAGCCUGUGUCUUAUGAGUUUCCCGGCCAUGCCGUGGGGGCCUUUGCCCGACGCCCCAUGGACUCGUCCCUGGACCAGAGCUUCCCCUUCUAUUCGCAUCCCACGGCACCGUAUUCGCUGCCUUACCAAGCUCCCAGCUCCACAGCAUACAACGUCAAUCAUUCUCUGGGUAGUCAACCUUCCCACCCCUAUCACCCAUAUUAUGUGGCCCAGCAGUCAAUCAGCCCACAGCCAUUGCGUCUGGCUUCGGAUCAACAGGCGCUGCAGUCUCUCCCGGAGAUUCGACCGGCGAAGAAUGCCAUCAACCAAGUGACAAAGUCUAGCACGGAACCUCGCUUGGGUCAGCCUCCCUCGACUUCAUCUGUCGACAGGGCCGAGCAAAAGCCAGAGGCGCACGAUGUCGAUUUCUCAACUGGGGUUGACGUGCUGAUGAAGGCCAUUCAAUCUAAAGCGGGCUCUCCCCCGGUCCAGCCAUCACUGCCACCGCUCCAACAUUUGGCUCCAUCGGCCAUGUCGAGCUAUCCCGCGAGCUAUCCACUGUCCUCGCCCUCGUCCCGAUACUUGCUAACCAAUGAGGGGCAAUUGUCCCGAUCUGGGAAGAAGCGCAAAUACACUUGCACGCUGCCAGACUGUGGGAAGAGCUUUGCCCAAAAGACACAUCUAGACAUUCACAUCCGAGCCCAUACGGGAGACAAACCAUUCAUCUGCAAGGAACCCUCAUGCGGACAGCGGUUUUCGCAACUAGGAAACCUGAAGACCCAUCAGCGGCGACAUACCGGCGAAAAGCCCUACUCCUGUGACAUCUGCCACAAGCGAUUUGCGCAACGGGGCAAUGUGCGCGCCCACCAAAUCACCCACCAGCCCGCAAAGCCGUUUACCUGUCUCCUCGAUAGCUGUGGCAAACAGUUUACCCAACUAGGAAACCUCAAGUCUCACCAGAAUAAGUUCCAUGCCGCAACCCUCAACAAUCUCACCGCGCGCUUCUCCCAGUUCGGAGACACCGGGCCUCCCAACCCUCGAGAUCGAGAAAUGUGGGAAUACUUUGCGACAUUAUACAAGAACAGCAAUAAGGGUAUCAAGGGACGGGGAAAGGAUCGCCGGAUCUCGACAACCAAACGGUCCGGUCCCCACGCGGCCAGAUCGGGUCUGGGCCCGUCGCUUGAAUCCGAUGAAGAGACGGCCCAAGCCCGCCGCGGCAGCUAUGACCAUCUUUCCAUGUACACGGGGGUUUCCAGUAGUGACGGCGAUGAUCCUGGGCCAUACUUGAUGGACCGACGAGAUCCUUGA